AUGCGUUCUCUACUCAUCUUCGCUCUCCUAACGGUGUCCGUGGUCCCCUGGAUGCCGUUGCCGCUUCUCUGGUCGCAGAAACAGAAAAAGGACACCUGCAAGGACUACUGCAUGGGCAAGUUCAUCUCCGACCAGACGAACUUUGACUUCCAAGCGGCCGACUGGGAAAUCUGUGUUUGCCCGGUGGCACAGCAGAGCGGAAGUUGGUUCCAGUCGCAGUGCUACAAUAAUUGUUUCGACCGCUGUCUGAACACGAUGGGGGCGUGCGCCUGGAAUCAGGCUCUAAAUCUCAAUUACAAGGGGAGAUGCUGCAUCAACACGAAGAACAACGCUACCCUCAAGAACUACUGCUUCAACAACCAGACCGGCCUCUGCUACCAGACU